AUGAGUGAUUUCAACGACGAGAAUGAAAGUUUGGCUUCAUCUGCUGGAGUUUCUUCAAGACCUUCUGGAAAUCAAGGAUCUGACAGAGGUAAUUCUCAAGAAGAUCACGACGACAUUGCCGAACUGUUUGGUGAUGAACGAGAAGACUACGAGCUGGAAGAGGAGGAUGGUGAAGAUCUUUUUGGAGAUGAUAUGAUGAGGUAAAUUAUAUUUAUUAGAGUUUAUAUUGUUUUAGGGAUUAUCGUGCUCAACCCGAACUGGAUCAGCUUUCAGCUAGCGGAAUUGACGAUGAUGAUGUGUCUGAGAUCUCGUUUGGAGCUCGUAGAGCUGCGGAAAGGGAAAUGGCUGAAAGAGACAACUUGGGAUUGGACGAUGGAGUAAGUUAUAUUAUGCUAGGCAAAAAUAAAGCUUAACAUGCCUUUUAUGGUUUAUGUAAAAAUAAAGGUUGGUAUAUUCAAAGUUUUUUAAUUUUAAAAUAAAACCUUGUUUUAGUUAUUCUACGAAAGUGGAGAUGAAGAUGAAACAAGCAGAAGAAGACGGAAGCGUCAAAGAGACGCUGAUGACGAUGUUCAGAUGGAAGUUGAGGAAGAGGAAGAUAUUCCAAUUGAUGUUCUGGAAAACUUGAGAGAUCGAACUGUGAGAGAGCAUGUUAGUGAUGAUGCUGUUGGUCGUGAGAUCGAAAGACGGUAAGGAUUUUUAAAUGCUUAUUGAUUUAGGUUUGUCAGGUCUUGAACAAUUUGAAUAUAAGUAAUAAUGUUAACUAAAAGGUUCUUUUCUAAUUUUUGUAAAUUUUUUGAGUUUUAGCUAUAUGAGGGAUAAAAAGAAGCUUUUUAGGACGUACUUGUUCUAUGUUAAUAUCAUUUUUUUUAAGCUUCAAACACUUCCUCCGCACCUAUAAAGACGAGAAGGGCCAGUUGAAGUACAUUGCUGUGAUUAAGGAAAUGGCGGCUCACAACAAGGAAAGUAUUGAAGUCGACUUCUCGGAUUUGGCUGGAGAAGGUGGAGAAACCAAUAUUUGUUACUUCUUGCCAGAAGCUCCAGUUCAAGUCCUCAAACGUCUCGACAAUGCAGCUACAGCUGUUGUCAACUCUAUCUUCUCAUGGUAUCACAAAGUUACACCGUUGAUCUCUGUCAGAAUUCGUGGAUUACCGGUUGAAGAAGAGAUCCGAUCAUUGAGACAUAUUCAUCUGAAUACUCUGAUCAAGACUAAUGGAGUUGUCACGGUAACUACUGGGAUUCUGCCUCAACUCACGGUGGCCAAAUACAAUUGUGAGUCUUGUUCGUACGUUAUUGGACCUUUUAUUCAACGUCAGGACGAGGAGUCAAAGCCAACAACUUGUCCAUCUUGUCAAAGUAGAGGGCCAUUCAGUUUGAAUGUUGAAGAGGUAUAGUUAAUAUUUUUUUUGUUUUUAAGGGCAAGUUUUAAAUAUUCUGCCUUAAAUUGUUCUUAAGUUUACAGUUUUAAAGGUAUGCUGUCAUUUUAGACUGUGUAUCAUAACUACCAGAGAAUUACCAUUCAAGAGUCGCCAAAUCUUGUAGCUGCUGGCCGUUUGCCUCGUUCAAAGGAUGUCAUUCUUCUUGGAGAUUUGUGCGAUUGUUGUAAGCCUGGUGAUGUUAUUGUAAGUUUUUUCUUUUUUUUUAGGGUUUUGAAAUAUUAACGAUAAGGUCAGAAGCUAAACCAUGUAUUAUUAAAUUUUUUGUUUAUGGUUUGAUAUCUAAAACAUAAUUUUAGGAAUUGACUGGAGUCUACACUAGUAACUACGACUGUUCUAUGAACAACAAGCAAGGUUUCCCGGUCUUCAACACCAUGAUCAUGGCUAACCACAUCAUCUGCAAGGACCAACUCGAAUCAGACGAAUUGACUGAUGAAGAUAUUAAAAUGAUUAGAGAACUUUCCAAAGACCCUAAGAUCGCCGACCGUAUCUUUGCUUCGAUUGCUCCAACAAUCUACGGCCACGAUGAUAUUAAAAAGGCCAUAGCUCUAGCAUUGUUCAGAGGAGAACCCAAGAACCCUCAGGGCAAACACACGAUCAGAGGUGACAUUAACGUGCUGUUGUGUGGAGAUCCAGGAACGGCCAAGUCUCAGUUCUUGAGAUAUGUCUCUCACUUGGCUCCAAGAUCUGUGAUGACAACUGGCCAAGGAGCUUCGUCGGUUGGUCUAACUGCUUAUGUUCAACGUCAUCCAGUAACAAGAGAAUGGACAUUGGAAGCUGGUGCUAUGGUACUCGCCGAUCAGGGUGUUUGUUUAAUUGAUGAGUUCGACAAGAUGCAAGAUCACGAUAGAACGUCAAUUCAUGAAGCCAUGGAACAACAGUCUAUCUCUGUGUCUAAGGCUGGUAUCGUGACAUCGUUGAGAGCCAGAUGUACUGUAAUUGCUGCAGCUAAUCCAAUCGGAGGACGCUACGACUCUAGCCGAACGUUCGCUGACAAUGUGGGCCUGACUGAACCUAUUCUAUCACGUUUUGACAUUCUUUGUGUUGUCAGAGAUACUGUAGAUUCGACCGAAGAUGAUCUUCUGGCCGACUUUGUCAUCAACAACCACAGAAGAAUGCAUCCGGAUCAACAAAGGAUUCAUGGUGCUGGAGAGCCGGUUCUUCCGACUAGAGACGAGAUCUCUGGCAUCGAAUUCAUUCCGCAGGCUUUGUUGAGGAAGUACAUUGCCUUUGCUAGAGAUAAUGUCCAUCCUAAGCUUCAGAUCAGCGAGGACAGUGUGAUGAGGUUGUACUCAGAGCUGAGAGAACAAUCGAAGGUCACCGGUUCAGUUGUUGUGACAUUGAGAAGUGCUGAAUCUAUGAUCAGAAUGGCCGAAGCUCAUGCCAAGUUGUUCUUGAGACAGUACGUGACGGACGAGGACAUGAAGGCUGUCACCAGAGUCAUGUUGGAAUGCUUCAUCAAUACCCAGAAGGCUGCUGUUAUGAAGCAAAUGAGACAGGUAAGGUUGAUAUUAUGACAAAGGGAGUUGUGGCGGUAUAAUUUGCCAAAUUUUAAUGGUGAUUUCACGUUUAGCAAUACAAUUUCGAUGUUGUUAUAAGUUUUUAUUUCUGUUCCUCUUGACGUAUCUACUACAAUAUAAAGAAUGAUUUUUCAGAGAUUCUCAAGACAAUUGAACUUCAAACGUGAUGUUAACGAGAUCCUGAUGUACUAUUUGAAGCAGAUGUUCCGUCAAAAGAGGUUCUUCGAAAAAUCACGGCACACUGAAAACAACGAGAACGCUGAGAUUAUCAUCAAGGAAUCUGAACUCAUGGAAAAGGUAAUUUUAACAAUUAAAUUCUUUUUUUUAAGGAAAAGUAUUGUCUGUAUCAAUAUAUUCAAGCUUUGUGAAUUUUAAUAUUAUUCUACUUAAUUUUUGACCAUAAUAUAAAUUUAAAUGAAACAAAAAGUUAAUAUAAAAAUAAAUUUAUGGUUUGGGAAUGUGUACUAUCAUUAAUAUUGUAAUUUCAGGCAAAGGAAAUGAAACUUGGAAGCCUAGAGACCUUCUACAAUAGCCGGUCUUUCAUCUCUAAUCACUUUGCCUACGAUCCUGAUAACAAGACCAUUAUUCAAACUAACUAA